CAACAAGCACUCGAAUGCAAAAGAAAAGUUACCUAUCAAUAUAAGAUAAAAUGGCAGCCUACCCCCGCCCAGAUUUCCAGCGUCCAGCCCUCAACUGGACGUCCCUCAACGGAGCCUGGGACUUUAUCUUCGAUGACAGCGACCAAGGCCUCUCGCAACGCUGGCACCACGAAGGGAUUCCCCAGAAGAAACAACAGAUUCAAGUCCCGUAUGCCUUUCAAACACCUGCGUCCGGAAUUGGCAUCCAUGAAGCCCACGAGGUGCUCUGGUAUGAGCGAGUGGUUGAAGAUAUCCGUACCCCCGAUGAAGUCGCCCGCGGCCACCAACUGCUACUGCGAUUCGGAGCUGUCGACUACGACUGCACAGUUUGGUUAGAUGGACAGGCGGUGGGAGGCCAUCGCGGUGGUCACGUUCCCUUCGACCUGAACGUGACGGAUGCGUUUUCUGGGAAUAAGGCAGGGCGUCUUACACUUCGAGUGCGGGACUCGCCAUAUGAUCUAGGCCAGCCUCGCGGGAAACAGUAUUGGGGGCCUGUGCCGGAGAGUAUUUUCUACACGCCGACGAGUGGGAUAUGGCAGUCUGUUUGGGUGGAGAGUGUGCCGAAGAUGCGCAUAGGAGGGGGGAGUGAGGGGACUGUGCUGCGCUCUGAUGAUAUUGAAAGUGGACAGCUUCAUGCGCGUUUCGCGGUGCUGGGACGUCCUGCGGGUGCGAGUAAAGGUGAAAUUGAGAUCGAAGCCAGUCUUGCUGGUGUCACUGUCAGUCGAAACAGACAGGAACUGGCACAGGAAAAGGACUGGGUGUGUUUGGAUGUGGACAUGCGUGUAUCUGAUGCCCAUGGCUCACUGCCUGUGGACAAUGGAGUCGCGCUUUGGGCACCGGAGCAUCCGACUCUGUAUGAUCUGACACUGCGCCUAUAUAAUGAAGAAGGACAGCUACUGGACGAGGUGCAGACAACAACAGGCAUGCGCAAUAUCUCCUGGACAGUCGGUGAUAGCACAUUCCGCAUCAACGGCAAACCUCGGUUUCAAACCCUCGUCCUCGAUCAAGGCUACUGGCCAGAAACAGGACUGACGCCCCCUUCACAAGAAGCACUGAGGCUGGACAUCGAGCUAUGCCAGAAAAUGGGCGUCAAUGGGUGUCGGAAACACCAAAAGGUAGAAGACCCUGUGUUUUACUACUGGGCCGACCGACUGGGGUUUCUGGUCUGGGGAGAGAUGGCAAAUGCGUACGAGUUCAGUGACGACUAUAUAUCUCGGUUUAACAGCGAGUGGGUGGAGGCCGUCAAGAGAGAUAUUAACCAUCCGUCUAUCGUCACUUGGACACCGUUUAACGAGAGCUGGGCGUAUCCUGCUCUGGGCAGUAAUGUCGAGCAGCGCAACCACAUCCGGGCUAUCUAUUAUCUGACCAAAACUCUCGAUCCAACCCGUCCCAUCAACGAUAACUGCGGCUGGGAGCACGUCGUAACCGACCUGACCACGUAUCACGACUACACCGAUGCCCCAGCCCUGGCAGCCACAUGCUCCGACUUUAACACUGGCAUCCUCGGUCAGAAAGGCGGCCACGACAUGUUUGUAGGCCCGACAAAGUCAGACCCAGGCACGAAACACGCUCCCGGGGCUCCGGUGAUCUGCUCAGAAAUGGGUGGAGUGAACAUCAUUCCCACCAAGGGCACCGCAGGAGAACGAGACUGGGGCUAUACCACUGCAACCGACCCGGAGGACUUCCUGGGCCGGCUGGAAAGGCUUGUAAUGGCGGUUGUCAAGGGCGGACAUUCGUGUGGACUGGUGUAUACUCAGCUGUGUGACAUUGAGCAAGAGGUGAAUGGGCUGUACUCAUAUGAUCGCCAGGAAAAGGUGGCUGCUGCUAGAGUCAAGGGUAUUAUGGAUGCUGCCCACCAAUAUUAUUAUGAACAUGUCAUGCCAAAAUAACUGGUCGCUAAACUGCACCUGAACUUACCUAUUUGGGCCUCUCUGUGUCAUACCUAGAUAGCUCUAUCAGUCCCUUUAUUAUUUGGAUUUUCGGGCAAAUUUUUCUUCACCUUGGUUAUCUAAUCAGCUAGAUGAAGUUAUUCGAGUGCCAGAUUGCAAACUGUUGGGUUCAGCUAUACCCCGCCAUCAGCUAUGACGUAUCUUAUAC